AUGGUUGCUAGCUGUAAGGAUCAGAAAAGGGCUGUUGCCAUCUGUUUGCAGAGGUCGCCCUGCGUGAUGAUAGAGAGGCACAACCCUCAAGAGUGUCUAGACAAUCCAGACCUGAACAAGGAUCUGCCUGAGCUUUGUAUAGCCCAGAUGAAAGCAUUUUUGGAUUGCAAACGAGGAAUAGUGGACAUGACCAAGCGGUUUACCGGUAACGCACCCCUCUCAACUGGCAAGUACGAUCAGCAGUACGAAAACCUGUGCACGGGGAAAUUCAAUCCCAGAGAAGAAAUGGAGAAGUUGAGAAUGCUGGAUAGCAAGAAGAAGGACUGA